AUGACUAAUAUCUACGUUUUGGGUGCUGGUGGAAUUGGAACCCUUGUUGCAGCAGGGCUGACCAAACGGUUCCCAGUGAACUUCAUUGUGCGCACACAGAGUAAAAUCGAUCUGUUGAAGAAAACGAACAAUACUUUCACCAUCACUCAACUUUUCAACCAAAAUGCCAAAAUUAGCCGUCAAAUCGCAAAUGCCUCUAGAGCAGAGGAGAUCAAGGAUAGACAAAUCGACUUCCUGAUUGUGAGUGUGAAGACAUUUGACACUGUCAAAUCACUCACUCCGUUGCUACCAAAAAUUGGCUCCUCAACUCAUAUUCUUUUGAUCCAGAAUGGAAUGGGAGUUUUAGAGGAGCUGAAUGCAAAGGUUUGGCCCGAUGCAUCCACCAGACCGGUGCUUUACCAAGGUGUCAUCACUCAUGGAAUAUUCCAGGAUCAAUCAGAGAUAGGUACUUACAAUUAUAGCCAUGCAGGAAACGGAGAUCUUAAGGUCGCCAGAGUUGACGGGAAACCUGCUACCCAUCCUGUUAUUCAGGCGUUGGUCGAAAGCGAAAUCAACACAAGCGUUUAUACGUUUGAAGACCUCUUGACUCAUCAAGUCUCCAAACUGAUGGUCAACGUUUGCAUGAAUCCAACAACUUCUGUUCUGGAUUGUAUUAAUUACGAGUUGGCUGAUAUCGACGCUGUUAAAGAAUAUUUCCGUUGCAUGAUUCACGAAGGUAUGACUAUUCUUAAGAGAAAAUACCCAGCUCUUGAGAAUCGUCCUGAAUUGGCCGAUGAUCUUCUUGUGGAUCUGGCAUGCGAGAAAGGCUUCAUACUGAACGGGAAAAACAGUACCAGUAUGAGACAGGAUACUCUAUUCCUGAGAGAUACGGAAAUCGACUAUAUUAAUGGCUAUAUUGUGAGAUUAGCAGAGGAUAUGGGUCUUGAUGCACCUUACAACCGCAGCAUUCAGCUGCUGACCAAAAGUCGGUCAAUAAUCAAUAAAAGACGAGCAGAGCUGAAAAAUUAG